AUGAGCGCUUGGGAUGAUGAUGAGGAGGACUGCCAUGACUCCGUGACCAGUGACCACCACCACAUGGCUGAAGAGGGCACGGCUCAUGAAUCGCAGAUUAUCGCGUCCAUGUCCUAUGAGUGUGGGACAGCAUUCUUUGGGUUGUCAGGGCAUGUCUCUUCGAAGAUCGUCUCCCACCGGAGACGAUUCGACGAAGCCCUCAUCGAGCGCCCAAAGCAGCGAGCCGCGCAGCCGCAUCCGUCGCUCGAGCUGCUCCGCGGCGUGGUGGCUCCUCGGACCGGGGGACCGGGGGACCGGGAGGAGACGCAUGCAGCGAGGGUGCCGAAGAGUGCAGAGUGCAGGGAGGCCCGCCUCUACUACUCUCAGAUUACGGCCGGGCUGCACAAGCCAGUGCCGGCAAGUGAGAAGUCCAAUGACAAACACGACAAGUCCAUGGCGCUCACCAUGGCGGCACUGCUCUUGUGCAUCACCUUGGGCAUGGAAACCCCGCUGCGCGACGCGCCAAGAGCUUUGCUGUUUUUGGAGGCGGUGGCAGCCGAUGGGGGCAUCAUCACCUUGUCCUUGGUGGUGGAGGUGAUUCUCCGUGCCAUCGUACAAGGCUGUCCGAUGAAGACCUUCCAAAAUGAAAGCGAAAGAAAAGGAUCAGCCAUUUUGAGCCGCUUACGCUUCAAUUUCCGUGGAACUGCAGAGGUGGAACGCGGUGGAUGGCAGCCUUGCCGUGCUCAGCUCCGGUGCGCGGCAGAGAUCGAAGACGUUCACUUGUUGAACAAAUCAGAGGCCCCAAGGGCUGCCGGAGAGGCGCAGAAGGAGGAUGUCGAGCUCAGUCAGUCACUGGUCAUGGCGCGCGUGAUCUUUCAGUUCGUGCGGGUCUUGCGAAUCGCCUCCCUUGCCCGGCGCGCCAGCACCGCGCGCGGGCCCGACGUGUCCUUCGCCAACGUGACUGAAAUGCUGAUCGGAUGCAGUGGCCAACGGGGGUGGAGUGGCAGAUGGUGGCAGCGCACGACGCAGCUUUUAGAAGGUUUGAUCAUGCCGACUGGCCUCUUUUGGAGUUCCUUCCUGGAUACGUGGGAUAGAGGGAUACUGGCCUCUAAGUUGGAAUUUACCGACCUGGAGGACUUCGACUUUACGCUCCUCAAGCAGGAGACGGACGUCUUUACGCCCAGACCAUCCAUGGGAAUUCGGUAUGGAGCUCGACGAAGCAAAGGCAAUGCUUUGCCUUUUGCACCGCGCGCGCCGGCUGAUGAGUUCGCUGCUUUCCGCUGCUGGCUGAAGGAGCCCUCCACCGUUUUGCUCUCUCCAUUCUCCCCUCUCCUCCCUACUCUUCGAGACACGGAAGACACGAGUUGUGUGAAGAAAAAGGUGAAGAGAGACGCGGAAGACACGAGUUGUGAAGAUAAGGCGAAGAGAGGCAGGCUCUCAAAGGCGGGUGCGAUCCUUUCAAGCAGCCUCAAGGAUGGUGGACGAGGAGGGGCAGGCUUGGGAUCUUGUGGCAAAUCAGAGACGCUCCCCAUACACACCCUGCGACUUCCCAGUUCUGGGGGUCGAUAUUCCAACGGGAAGCGCGUUCGAAAGGAUUCCUUGGACUUUCGAAGCACCAAAGCCACAGGUUGUGCUGAGUCGGUGCCCCACCAGGCGGGCAUCCAUGUGGAGGUCGAGUCCUUCGGCGAGCGCGUGGUCCGAUCGAACACCGAGGUGACUUGCAGCCAAUUGGAGACCGCCACCAGCCGCGACUCACCGCCCUCGCCCGCGUCGCCGGCGACCUCCCGCGGCGAGACCGGGCGGCAAACCUCGCAGGGGUCGAUACCCACCUUGCAAUCCAAGCCGACAAUGUUGGCGGAUGAUCAGGUGAGUGACAUCAGCGAAGCGGAGUUGCUCAGAAGAACCUCGGCCAACCCCUUCGCAGGCCACGUGGCCUUCGAGGGUCCCUUUUGCGCCGAGGACGCGCAUCGCGCGGGCUUCUUUUCAAUCUUGAAGCCGCCGGACGAGGGUGAAGAGGUGGUUUGCUUCCAGCGGAACCACUGGCUGAAGAGAGGAAUCGUGGAGGAUGUGGACUUCCAGGUGAGCACUGGUGAGGAUGGCCUCAUGAAGGGAGUGGAGGGCGCCUGGGUGAAGGUGAAGCAGCAGGAUGGAAGCAUCUUCCAUUCUUGGGCUGCGUUUCUUUCGACCUCCUCCGAUCACGAGUAUUCCUCCCUGUGUCUUCAAGCAGAGUAUGAAGCCAGCAACUUCUACGCGCUGCGGAAGGAGAUGUAUGGCUCCACGGUGACCCACGAAACGCGGGUGACAAAAGCACAGGCGCGUGCCUCGCUGGAGUCGUGGUUGGCACAGAUGAUCGACGCAGAUGGAGAGGCUGUGGAGAUCUCUCCCGAAAUGGCCAAGGAGCUCUUAGAUAUUUUUGAUGUGCAACAAGAUGCCUCGCUGCACCUUUACUCGCUUCAUAAGCGCUUGGGGCGCGGGCCCCAGAAGCAGCCCCAGCAAGAGGUUAUUUCUUUGACAUGUGGACCCUCUAAUGUUGAAACUUCAGUUGAAGCGGAAGCGUACACCCGUGAAAACGCAGUCCAACCGCUUUGUACAUGA